UCAAUCCCCUUGAGAUACUGCAAUCUGAUUGGAGAUCGAGGCUACUCAGCUGUAAUUUAUAGUAUUAUAUCUAUGGCUGGGCUAUAAUAAUUAUAAUAAAGCAAGUACCGUAUAGCUAGCUAUAGUGAGUGCAGUGGCCAGCAAAUUAUACAGAAGUACGUAUCAGCGUGUGGGUAAUCUGUCAUGGAACUCUUUCCUACUGUGUUGUUGUUUUCUGUUACUGCUGUGGUCAAUGCUCAAACUCAACAAGGUUCGUCUCUAUUAGGUACCCAAUUUACUGUUCAACAGUCCUCAAAUGAUUUGGUGGUAUCCGCUCGUCUAAUCUCAACUAACAUCUCUAUACAACGUGACGCAAUAUUCCCUGGGGUAUAUCUCCCUAGCACUUGUGGUGAUCGAUUGUGGCGAUGUCGUGUUACCCUAAUCAAAAACGCUCCAAACAACAGAGAAGUGGCUAUAGUCCCCCAUUCAGCCGGAAUUGCUCUGGCACUAUUUGCUGGCAUAAACAGUGAUAGGCUGACCCUAAUAGACCAGUUCAUACUUGGCCCGCAAGAAGAGGUCAACUGUAGCUUCACCUCUAUCGCAAAAAGCCCAUCAGACGAUGGACGUGUGGUAUCGUGUGUUCGCUUCACUCCACUUGCUCAUUUUAAAGUAGAUUUAUGGUUGUUCAAAGUUCACAUCGACUUUGAGGAUUUGAACCAGUCGUCCCUAUCGCUGCUGAACGACAAUAUUGACACCCCGUAUCAAUCGUACUCUACUGGCCUCUCUCCGAUAUUCUUCUCUAGUGUUGAUUUAGUUAGUGACAGUCAUGUGAUCUGGUUUGACGAUGACGUCUUAUUCACUGUUCUACCCGGUUAUGGUAAUUCAUUCUCAUCGGCUGAACAUUUUUAUGCUGACACCAACAGGAGUGUAUGCUUUGGAAACAAUGUGACGGACGUGAGGCAAUCGAGAAACUUAAAUAAUCUGCUAGUGUAUUGCUCAGACAACAAUCUAAUCAACAUCAGCGUGAUAUAUCGUGGGGGAAUGAGAGUCGGCUUUAAGCGAACUCAAACAAGGUUUCACUGCCCUCAAGGUGUUUAUAUUGAGCAACGAAGUGAAACUUUAGCGCUGGUAUCGCCCGGACUGUUAGAUCAUGUGAUCCCUCAUCCAUUGAACUUGUCGGAGAGAUACGUCGGUGACUGUGCAACGAUUGAAGAUGCCACGUAUUUUAUCGGUACUUCGAGAGACGGUAGCAUUGCACUCACAAACCUUCUGGACAACCAAACAAUCAUUCUCGCUGACGAUGCGCAAAUCAAUCACCAGCUGAUUGAUGGUCAUGUGUUACUGUUCAGUAAUUCAACUGUUUCUGUCGUCCAAGACCUUGCUUGCCACUCACAGCAAUUCAGUAGCAACCAAACAUAUCUUCUGGCCACAUUCGAGUUGAAUCCUGACUUCUUAUGUCCAGAAUCAACUAUCCCUCAAGAAAAGCCGACCAAUGAGACGUCUUCUCCACCGGGUGAUUCGAUCGAUCCUCGUCAACAACAACUCAUCCUUGGCCUUUUAAUUGGAUUGGGUUUACCUACAUGUAUUGUCAUGACUGUCGUCUUCAUUGCAGUUUGCUUGUGCUUGUGCUAUUGGGUGAAGUCUAGAAAUAAGGCUCUUAGCCAACGUCCGCUUAUAGCACAGGCGACUCAGAGGAGUGAAAACCAAGGCAAUAAAAUGACAGACCUACAUCGCUCGCUCUCUGAGUCGAGUUCAGCGGUAAAUCACUCUACUGUCGUCCAAGGGUCAGCACCAGAGUUGUCCUGCAGACAACAAACUCUUGUAAACAAUGAUCUUCAUCAUCCUCGUGGGACAUCCACUUCUUCAUUAGGACACAGGAGUCUUACACCUGACAAUGAUGUCUGUACCUCGUGAAACCAGCAUAAUAGAAUUUCUUAUUUAUUUGUGUGCAUGUGCAUUUUCAAUAUAAAUUUUUUCUUUAUGUGUAUAUGUGUGUGCAGGUCGUUUUUCGAUUAUCAAUAAACAAAGCUGUACACAGGCCUAGUACCUUUAGCCGGCUAGCUAGCUGUACACUUAUGCUAGAGCUAGAGCCAGAGGCCUACCGGUGUAGAAGCGGGUAGGCCAGUACAUCAGGAUGAAUUACCACUAGAUCUAUAGCUGGCUAGUGGUCUAAUUCAUCCUGUAGAAAUUCACACAGUCUAGAUCUGUGUGUACUGCCUUCUGCUGCUCGUUUGCAGCGUCCAGUCGACAGCUCCAGUCAUCCCAGACAAGGAUUGGGGCUUUGUGGGUGUGAGGACAUCUGCACACAUGUUCUGGUGGCUCUAUGGGUGCAAGAACAGGGAACAAGUUCCUCUCGUCUUAUGGUUGCAGGGUGGACCAGGAAGCUCAUCGACUGGUUUCGGGAACUUCAUGGAGAUUGGACCGCUGGAUAUAAACCUCAAGCCUAGAAACACCACUUGGACUCAGGCGACUAAUAUUCUGUUUAUCGAUAACCCUGUUGGCACCGGAUAUAGCUACGUCGAUGAUGACUCAGCAUAUACCACCGACGUUGCAGAGAUUGCUAAGGAUCUCCUCUCACUCUUCAGUGCCUUUCUUAAAACACACUCUGUUUUUCAGAAAAUGCCAUUCUAUAUAUUCUGUGAGUCGUACGGUGGAAAGAUGACAACUGCUUUUGCUGAAGUGCUUCAAGAGGCCAUCAAUGCAGGGAAUGUCUCAGUAGUCUUCAAAGGUGUGGGUCUUGGGGACAGCUGGAUCUCUGCUAUUGAUUACGUCAACAUGUGGGGCCCGUAUCUUUUUGCAACGUCGCUGGUGAAUGAGGUGGAGCUGGCUCGUAUUCAAAACUACUCUAAACAGACCGAGGCUGCGUUCAACAAUGGAGACUAUGCCAGGUCCACUGAGCUCUGGUCUCAGACUGAGGAUGUCAUUGAAGCAUUGACUGAUGAUGUGGACUUUUAUAACACCCUGCGUCAUAACGAUGACGAAGUGACGUCCCUUCAAAGUGGGCGUGGCCUCCCUCGGAUCCUGCAACGGUACAAUGCCCAAUCACUCAGUCAACUCAUGAACGGACCAAUCAAACAGAAGCUCCACAUUCCGGACAAAGUGGUUUGGGGAUCGCAAGUGUUUGAGAAACAAAAAGUGGACUUCAUGAAGGAUGUCAUCGGCACAGUGGACCAGCUACUCUCUAUGCAGGGUAAAUGUGACUGUGUACAAUGGCCAGCUGGACCUCAUCUGCUGUACUCAAGGCACUGUGGCUUGGAUGGACAAACUCAAGUGGGAUGGACUGCCCAUGCAGUUUUAAGGCUGCUAAGAAAAUUCCCGUCUACCCUGACACUGACCACACUAAGAAACACACUGGUGGCUUUUAUCAGGCGUACAAAAACCUCGCCUUCUAUUGGAUACUCAAUGCUGGACACAUGGUACCAGCUGACAACGGAGACACUGCCCUCACCAUGCUGCGGAGGGUCAUCACUGGCUGACCACAAACAAUGUAUAGAUUGCAUAUAACAUUACUGUGACUCUAAAUCAUAUAAUGUGUUUCUGUGCUUCCAUGUAUUGUGGGGAUUUUGUGGUGAUGGUCUAUGAUUGCACAAUUUGUAAGGUAAAAAGGAAGGGGGAAUUUCAAAUUGAACAUGACAUGACAAUGCAUGGUAGCAUGCAUGAAAUGACGUUACGUCUAAGCGUUGCAGCUCAGCUGGGAUGCCAGCUAUAUAAAAAGGCAUCCAGUUGUGUGAAUCUGUAGCUAGCUCUUGUAAACAGAGUGAGUAAGUGGCCAGCAAAUAUUAUACAGAAGAUCAAGAAGUACGUAUCAGCGUGUGGGUGAUCUGGGAUGGAAUUCUUUCCUACUGUGCUGUUGUUUAAUUUUCUCUUACUGUUGUGUCAUCAAUGCUCGAGCUCAGCUACAAGGUUCAUCUCCAUUAGGUACCCAAUUUACUGUUCAACAGUCCUCGAAUGGUUUGGUGGUAUCCUCUCGUCUAAUCUCAACUAACAUCUCUAUACAACGUGACGCAAUAUUCCCUGAGGCAUAUCUCCCUAGCACUUGUGGUGAUCGAUUUUGUGGCGAUGUCGUAUUUCCCUAAUCAAAGACGCUCCAAACAACAGAGAAGUGGCUAUAGUCCCCCAUUCAUUCAGAAUUGCUCUGGCACUAUUUGCUGGCAUAAACAGUGAUAGGCUGACCCUAAUAGACCAGUUUGUUUUUAUAUAGCAGACUCAGUAUGUUGGGAUAUGGUUGAUGCUCCUAUAUACUAAGCAUGCAAUGAAAUAUGCUGUUUUGGUAUAAAAAUUAUACCUGAUGGCUUCCAUUUUUCAGAUAGGAGAGUGUUGUGAACAUUAGUCCCAGCUUCAGCCCUAACGACUUUUGCAGCAACAAUUUUCCCUCUCCAAAUUGCCUUGUGGACCACCCCAAAGGUACCGUGUCCAAUCUCUUCGAGAAGGUGAAGGUGGUUGAAGUGUUCUUCUGCAUGUAUGCCAUGAAAUUAGUAUAUAUGAAUAUCAUGAACUAUACUUUAAAGCAGGCUCAUCUGCAGUUCUUCGUCGUGGGCAAUCAUUACCAUGCCCAGAAUGUCUUGCUCAGCAUCAGAUGUGCCGGUCACUGCAUAUUCAGGUUGAUUGCAUGCUGGCUGCACAUUCAGGCUGAUUGCUGGCUGGAACAUUUAAUUUCAUUAUUACAUCAUAAUUGCAAUGAACGAGAGUACAAUUGGGUUUGCGCAAUUUGUGAAUUAACAUACCUACUACAAGAACAUCUGACCUAACCACCAUGUUGACAACAUCAUGUGGACAUAAACAAGGAGCUUCACACACCACUUGCUUCAUCCCUGUAAGAGCACAUAAUUGGAUGCUUGUGAUUAUAAUAAGCCGUAUAUAAUUAUAGCGAGUAAAUUUGGCGACGAAUUUUAAUUUAUUAAAUAAUUUAUUAAUAAUUAAUUUUUAUUUAAUUUUAA